CCCCAGUACCCCCCCGAUCCUAAGGCAAAGACCUGCUUCUCUGUCGUGCACUCAUCUUCCUCUGGUUCGAAAGAGACAAACAUGAUUUUGAAAUUAGUGAUCUUCACCCUCUCUCUCUCAACAACUUUAGCUUAUCCUUUGCACAGUGACUCCAGGGAGGCAGCCUGGGUUGACUCAAAGGCCAACCACGUAUUUGACAAGACAAACCUCUCAAAAGACGACCAUAGGCCCUACAAGAGCAUCAUAGACAUAAGUGGUCUUUACACCCUUGAAAGUGAGGACAUCAGGCAUCCCCUCGCGGAGGAAAUGCAGCGCAAGCUCACCAUGGAGUCGGAGCGUCUGCGCGUCCGUCUGCGCCAGGAGCUGGCCGAGCUGCGGGAGAGGCUGUCUCCGUCUCCGGCACAACUCAGCGCCACCCUGGCCGGCCUGAGGGAGCGCUUGACUCCCCUCACCCAGCAGCUGCAGAGCUCCUUGAGCAGCAACGCGCAGGAUCUGUGCAGCCAGCUGGGGCUGUACCUGCAGGGCCUGGAGAGAAGGGCGUCUCAGGUGGAGGCCAGCCCCGUUCUCCAUCAGGGAGCUUCCCAGUGGCUUAGCCAAACCCUGGAGGUCAGCAGCGUCCAGCUAGCCAGCCUCAUCAAUGACUUUCAAACCUCAGCAAGUGCCGCGAUUGAACAUCUGAAGCAGAAGAGUGACGCUGAAGGAGGCACAUCUGGCCCAGAGGUGUGGCAGGCAGUGAGCUCCAAGCUGGGGCAAGAAGUGAGCUCACUGAGGGAGGAGGCACAGGGCAGGGUGGGCGCUCUCAGGGCGCAGCUGGAAGCUCUGCUGGAGUCUGAUCGGCCUCGUCAGACUGACGUGGCGGACGGUUUGGAGCAGUUCUGCCACAACGCUGCUCUGCAGAGUCAGGUGCUGCAGGCCCGGAUGGAGAGGCUGUUCAUAGGGGUGGAGGAGGAGGUUGGAGGCACCUCGGCCUUGUCUCUGCCGCCUUCUGCAUCCAUGCAGGAAGGUGGAUCUUUACGGGAAGACUUCUCAGUUAAACUCUCUGCUCUGAUCCAGGAUAUCAUGCACUCUGUGCAGUAACAAAAACUUGCACUUAACAAAACAAAAAUCAUCAUUCGUGUUCUUCUUUCCCUUUGAAUCAGUGUGGAAAACUGGCUGUAAAUAUGACUGAAUGAAAAAUGCUUGGAUUUGGAUGACUUUUUUUUUUCCCAUUCUGUAUGCGAAUGAAUGAUGAGUGUCAUGACCAUUUUUUUUUACUCGGUGUACAAGUUGCUACCUUUGUUAUACAAGUGUAAAAACAUGUCAGUGUUUUAUUUCAAUUGCUGUAUGGCUUAUCAUCGCUGUAAGAGUGCAGAACUGAAAUUACUUCAUUUAUCUUCAUUUAAGAAAGAUUGUUUCUAUUUAAAUAACUGUCCUUUCAACCUUUAUGUGCAAGAUUUCCGAGUAUAAGGUUGCAGACAAGAUGUGGGGGAAGAAUAUUAUAAUGAAGUGUCUCAGUUAAACUCUGUGGUCUGAUCCAGGGCAUGUGCACAUUGCCCUGUGCACUUAAACAAAUAGCCAAAGUGACCGGUUCUGACCUUUAUUCCUGCACCAGAAUUUAUGCUUUGACUGUUAGCCUCUGGCCCAGUGUGGAAAACUGGUUGUAAAUAUGUCUGAAUGAUUAAAUGCUAGAAUUUAGGUGAUAUUUAGUAUGUGACUGAUUGCAUUUAUAUCAUCUCUCUUUUAGUGGAAUGUAGAAAUUAGUUGUUGCCUGUGUGAAGUAUUAUCUUUGUGUUUUUAUAGAGUUCACAACCAAGAUCAUUCUGUUGUUUUGAGUUUUAUUUAUAUAAAUAUCUAUAUUUUAAUAAAAGUCCAUUAAACCAUUAAA